GUACGGACCACGUACUAUCAACAACGUGGUUUGCCUUGCAACAGCAACGUGUAGUCAUUCAAACUUUAGUUUCCUCCGGUGUGAGGUCAGAGUAUAAUCUUCCCGCACUUACGUUCAGUGUAAUUUGCCAUUAAGUUAUCUCAGUCAUGCCAAAAGGCACGGUGAAACAUUAUCACGACAACUUUGAUUUCUGCUAUUUGCUCUUUGUUUCUUUAUUUGUGUGGGCUAUUGUGUCCUGUAGUGAAGCUUGCCCAGUAGCCUGCAAUUGCAUUUCUAAUCAGAAGUGGGAAUGUACGAAUAUAACUUCGCUUGGAGACAUCUUGGAGAAUUCUUCACGAGCGGUUCGAGAAUUGACUUUGAUUCAUAUCACGGAUCUAAAUAGCUUCAGUGACCAUCUUGGGACACAUUUCAACGCGUCUUUCGAGUAUGUGCGCAGACUUGAGAUUCAGCAAUCGACUAUCAACAGGGUUUCGGCAUUGUUUGUUGAUUCCUUUCCUAAUGUGGAAAGAGUAUUUUUAGGGGAUAACCAGUUCUCGUGCAGCGAGCACAUUUUAACUCUUCAAAGGUGGGGAUCGAAAAUUCAAAAAGACAAACCCUUGCAAUGUUCUUCGCCAGAUGGCAUGGCCAAAACCGAGCUUUUUUUGGCGCUAAAAACGAUCUCGCGUGUCAAAGAAGAAUGUCCAAGUCCUUGCCGGUGUGUCGUCAAGUCCAUGAAUUCACAAUAUUCUGUUCCCAAUUUACUCGUUAAUUGCAGUCGAUCUAAUCUAAAAGUUAUCCCAGAUUCUUUGCCUAAAUCAUGGGUUAUCGAGCUCGAUCUGAGCCAUAAUCAGAUUGAAGAUGCCACUCCUUUGUUCAGUCUACCAUUCUAUCGAAAUGUGCCAGUACUAAAUCUUGCUCACAAUCACAUCCAAGAUAUUCAAGUGCCGAAUGAUACCAGUCAGAAGAACCAUUUCAGACUCUUGAACUUGUCCCACAACAAACUUACUCAAUUACCUGAAAAUUUGUUGGGCGAGACUGACACCUUCUCCUACCAGCCUCUCAUUAUGCUGAGAAGCAAUCCUUGGAUGUGUGACUGUAAUUCUGUGAAGAUGUUUCAGACUAUUGCAAUGAAACAGUUGCACAUUAUUGGGGAUUUCAUCUAUCUGACCUGUGAGGGUGACCUUGAGGGGCAGUUGAUCAGUUCACCAACUUCCCUUCAUAGACUCUGUUACGUACCUGCUGUUGCCAUCAUGACGAUUCGAUGUGUCAACAUUGUCUUUUUCAUCUUGAUCGCGUUGGUUCUAAUUAAGACUGCAUUUGACUUGCGAUCCAUGUACGCUGUGGGCAUAUUUCAUUACUUCGCCCAUCUAUUAUUGCUGCCCUCACGAUAAUCAUCUGCUCCUCCUUAACAACUGCGUAAAUAAAUCUACUUACUGCAUAGAAAUGCUGGUGAACGCGAGCGGGGAUUUUCAAAAA